UUUUAUUAUUUAAUUUUGUUUGAAUAAAGAGUGAAUAAAAUGAAAUGGAGAGUUCUAAUUUAAAAGAGAGCGCGCGCUGCGCCGCCUGCCUCAACAAGCUCGGGGAUGGCGCGGGCGACGGGGAGGGGGAGGGGGAGGGGACGGACCGCGUCGAGGCGCUCGGCCAGCUCUGGCACCGCGACUGCUUCAGAUGUAGCGGGUGCGACUGCGCGCUGGGCUCGUGGUACACGGCCCGCGGGGAGCUGCCGCUGUGCCGCGCGUGCUGGGCGGAGUCGGGGGGCGGCGCGGGGGGCGGGGCGUGCGGCCGGUGCGGCGCCGCCGUGUCCGGCCCCGUACUGGCCGCCGGCGAGCUGCGCUACCACCCCGAGUGCUUCGCCUGCCACGCCUGCGGUGCCUACCUCGAGGACACGGAGCCCUACGCGCUGAUCGAGCGCUCUAGGCUCUACUGCGGCGCGUGCGACAGCGCGCGGGCGGGGCCGGACGCGCACGCCAUCCGCGUGGUGCGCACGCCCGCCGACGUGCGUCUCGCCGCGCUGCCGGCCGGCGACGUCAUAUUCACACAGGUGCCGGAGGGUUGCGGCGUUGUAGCGGGUGACGCGCUGCUUGAGGUGGAGGGGGUGGGGACGCGCGGGGUGGGGCUGGGGGAGCUUCAGCGCGCCGUCGCCCGCGCCGCGCGCCUCACCGUGGAGCACCGCCCCGCUGCGCCAGCCCCGCCCCCCGCUCCCGCCGCGCCCCGCCCCCGCCGCGCGCCCCGCCGCGCCCCGCCCUGCCGAGCCUCGCCCGCCUCGCCCGCCCCCGGACAGCGCUGCCGAAGCAUGUCUAAGCUGCUCGACGACUCGUCGGCGUCGGAGAAGGAGCGGGAGCGGGAGGAGGAGGAGGGCGGGCUGGGGCGGUGCGCGUCGUUGCGGGCGGACGAUGGUGCGCGCGUGUUCCGUGCCGCAGACCUCGUGCAGGGCGAGCUGCUCGGCGCGGGCUUCUUCGGCCGCGCGUACAAGGUGACGCACCGCGACACGCGCGAGGUGAUGGUGCUCAAGCAGCUGCACCGCGCCGACGAGCGCGCGCAGCGGGACUUCCUGCGCGAGGUGGGCGUGCUGCGCUCGCUGCGCCACCCCAACGUGCUGCGGUUCGCGGGCGUGCUGUACCGCGCCGGCCGCCUGCACCUAGUCACCGAGUACGUGGCGGGCGGCACGCUGCGCGCGCUGCUGGCGGGCGAGCGGCCGCUGGGCUGGGCGGCGCGGGCGCGGCUGGCGCGCGACGUGGCGGCGGGCGUGGCCUACCUGCACCGGCGCGCCGUCAUCCACCGCGACCUCAACUCGCACAACUGCCUGGUGCGCGAGCGCGGCCCGCACCUGUCCGUCGUGGUGGCGGACUUCGGCCUGGCGCGCGUCGUGCGCCGCGCCGGCGGCCAGCCCGCGCCCGGCGCCAGCUACGCCUCGCUGCGCCGCAAGCGGUACACGGUGGUGGGCAACCCGUACUGGAUGGCGCCGGAGAUGAUGAACGGCAACGUGUACGACGAGAAGGUCGACGUGUUCUCCUUCGGCAUCGUGCUGUGCGAGAUAAUCGGUCGCGUGUCGGCGGACCCGGACGUGCUGCCGCGGCGCGCGGACUUCGGCCUGCACGAGGCGGCCUUCGUCGACAAGUUCUGUCGCGACUGCCCCGAGCCGCUCUACCGCGCCGCCUUCCUCGCCUGCGACCUCGACCCCGACGCCAGGCCGCCGGUCUCGGUGCUGGAGGAGUGGCUGGAGCGGCUGGUGUCGCAGCUGACGACGGGCGCCCCCGACACCUUGCUGGCGGACGUGCUGCGGUACCGCGGCCCCGCCUCCGCCCCCGCCGCCGCCCUCGCCGUGGCCGACUCCGCCCCCGCCGACGCCGCCGAUGCCGACGUCGCCGACGCACAGAGGACGGAAAAGCCCACCGUGCGCGUGGACGGUGUGUGUGCGGGGGCCGGGGCGGGGGGCGGCGCGCGGCUGUUCGCGCUCGGCAAGUGCGUGUCGGCAAGCGCGCUGGCCCCGCCCGCCUCCGCCGCGCCCGCGCCGCGCUCGCGCUCCCAGCACGCCCUCACGCCCGCAUACAUACUCAGCGAGGACGGCCCGCGCAUCAACAUCACCAAGGUGGAGGACGUGUCGGAGUGGCUGGAGCCGCAGCCCGCGCCGCGCGCCGACGACGUGCUGCGCGGCCGCACGCUGCCCGCCUUCUGCCGGAACCAAUCCGAGGACGGGCUCACCUGCCGCGCCCGUGACCCGCCGCUCGCCCCCGCCCCGCCCUCCGACACCGACUCUGGCGACGAGUCGCUCGCCGACGAGGCCGACCCCCCGGUCGUCGCGGAGGUCGCCCCCGGGCCGGCGGAGAGGCCGGGCUUCCUCGCGAAGACGCUGCUGGGCCCCGCGCUCGGCCGGCUGCUCCGCCCCAGCCGCGAGGCCAGCUCGGAGCCCGAGCGGCGCGCCCGCAGCCAGUUCUUCGUGCAGAGCCCCCCGAGCCUGCGCGCGGCGCACCGCGUGCGGCCCGCCGACCGGCCGCUGACGCCGCCGCUGCGUCGCGCCGCCCCCGCCGCCCCUGCCCCCGAGCGCGCCUCGUGCCGCGAGCGCCGCUACGACCCACAGCGGGCGCGCGCGCGACCCGGCGCCGUCGAGCGGCGGCGCGCCCGCGUCGAGGGUGACAGGAAGCACGAGCCGGACAAGAAGCGGGACGUCUCCAUCGGACGCGGCAACUACGUCAACCUCGCGAACCUGGCCAAGGACGCCGCCGAGCGCCCCGCCCCUCCCGCGGCCCCCGUGCCGGCGCAGUGA